CACCGUCAAUAGCCACGCCCUUCGGUGAAUCCGAAAUCGCUCCGUGGAAUUUGCGGACGUUCUUUCUUUGGGCGUCAAUGAUGGACAAUGUAUCACCGUUACUUUCGAUGGAAAGAACGAUGGGUCGGUGAAGGGACAUCGCUACUUUCGCUGCAAGCCUUCUCACGGACUGUUUGUCAAACCAGAGAAAGCCACUCAUCGAGGAAUCAACUGCUCCAAGAUCCUCCCUAGCUCCUGCCUUGAGAACAACUCUUAACAUUGUUUAUGAUGUCAUCAUUAUGUAAUGUAUGUUGUCAACUAUCGUCCAACGAAUAUAGUGCAGGUGUAUUAUG